AUGCAGACCUGCACCUUUUCCCUCAACGGGAUACCUAUUGAAAUCCACCACUCUCAUACCACUGCCGCGCUGGAUCUUACUGCCACGUUUAGUCCGUUCAGCCCAGCAACUGACAUCGAGAUACUAGCUGCGUUCGCCACCCAUUGCGCUAAUGCAAACCCCGAUGUGUCAAUCGCCGUGUUCCAGCACAUCCAUAAGACGUACUGCGCAAGCGACAACAUCCAUGUAGUUGUCCAGCAGCUCGCACUUUCCCCGGACCAAGCGCAUACUGUCCUGAAGGGAUACUACUCUGUCUGGGACAUUCUAGAAUCGCAUGGGCUUCUCCCCGACGCCCCCCGCCCAGCACUAUUUUCCGAGGACAAUAUCAGGCUGGUGGCCAUGUUUGGCGGCCAAGACGGUACGGGCCACUAUUUGGAUGAAGCUGCGUUGCUUUUUGACGGUGUAUCGCCCACUUCUCGAGCAUUUUGUCCAGUCUGGAUUUUAUCGCCAGAAACGCGCCCCAAGGCACCGUACCUCGCCCUCUACCCGGUCUCGAUAAUGACGGUGGCUGUUGUUCAGCUCAUGCAUCUGAUGGUCUUGUACAAGACGCUCAGGCUUAGUCCAGGCGAACUUUCUCAGUCAUUUAAAGGUAAGAGCAGCACCGGUGCAAUUGGCCAUUGCCAAGGACUUGCCUUUGCUGCAAUGUUCGCAUCAUUGACUGACGAAAAGUCGUUUUACAACGGAGCAAAGGAAAACGCUUGGAGUCCUAAUGGCUGUCUCUGCAAGCAACCAGUUCUACACUCCCCUGGACGUAGCCCCAAUCCUCGUGAAGGGACACCCUCGCCUAUGGUGGCAAUUCGCGGCAUCCCCCUGCCCAUGCUCAAUGCGCUUCUCGCCGAGUUUAACGAGCACUGCACCAGGCCUUCCGACAAUGUCUUUCUGGCAAUUAUCAACGGCCACGAAAAUUUUGUGGUUACCGCACGUACGUCUCGAUUUGCCGCGCCUGACGACGACCAGUCGCACAGUUCAUUUUUGCAACGCAGGCUGGUCGCUGUAAUCAACUACCUGCCGUCCAAUCUCGUUGGCCACUGCGAGCUACUGGCGUCUUCUGCAGACUGGGCUUACAUGUAUACCGCCAAUAAUGGCUGGCAUCUAGAAUCGAGCGACCUUCAUAUUGCUGUCCACACCGGACCAGAUGGCCAUGAUCUGCGCUCCGACGCUAAUGCCACUCGGGCAGUUGUCGAUGGCUUGACCUAUGCCACGCAUAUAGUCGACUUCAGCCCAGGUGGAGCUGGGGUCUUCGCCAGGCUCACAAGCGCCAUUGUCAACGGUAACGGCACUACAGUCAUCAGCGCCAGCUCACUCUCGGCCGAUUCGCAUGCCCGCUUUGGAUCGAAAUCGGAUCUAUUCCAGUUGCACAUUGGAGAGGCCCAUGAUAAGCGCAUAUGUGUCGAUUCGCCUAUGACGCGUGUCCUACGUUUGCCACCUGUCGUGGUUCUGCAAAACUUGCCAAACGCUGCUGAGGCGAAAUAUGUUGCGGCUAUCAGCAAUGCUGGGUAUCAUGUCGAGCUUUGCUGUGACAGCAUAUUGCGAGAAAAUGCAUUCCGAGACAAGGUGGAUGGCCUGCUGCUGCUUCUUGAGCCCGGCAAAGGAUUCGCGGUCAACCUCGCAUACCACGAUCAAAAGCAAUGGUCUUUGGAUUUUCCUGCUAUUCUUCGCAAACGCCGCGAAGGCAUCAGUGGCAGCACUCCACCGAUUGAUAUCGCUGGCGAAAUCAUCGGCGAAAUCAGCCAUGUCGGCAUUCCUUACAUCGCGUUUAGGGCCGACACGGUAUCAGCCGUCCGCAACAUCAUAAAGAUCGCCAGGCACAAUCCCAAAUACCCUGUUGUGAUUCAGCGUUCAUCCAACGAUCUCCACCAGGUGAUUUUGGAGACGUACAGCGACAUAAGGUCGCUGCCCAAUACUGUUGUAGCUGUUGGCUUGUACUCCAGUGAUGCAGAUGAUAUACUACCUUACAUCACGGGCGAUUGGAGUAUCAAGUACGGUCAGGCGCAUAUGCCUGUCGAUGGCAUCAUUCUUACACCAGCUCUUACUCUUGCAAAAGAGUCGCAAAGUACACGUGCCACCGGAUCAGCCACUGGUGAGGUAUUUGCUGCUGGUCCUAUCAAGGGGGUUCUGCAAAGACAUGGGGAGCCAGACAACUACUUGUCUAUCGUGCCAGCGUCAGAUGCAGGUCCACGAUUUUUUUCGACCAGACACACACAGGCUUACCAGGAGAUACAUGAUUUGGUGUUUUCCAAGCCAGUUGACAGGACAACUGGAGCUGCUUCGGAAGCAUCGUUGUCACACGCCUGGAUCGACCUCAUGUACGACAAGUUGCAGUCGCGUUGGAUUGAUUCUUCGUACCAAAGGCUGUUCAUGAAGGUCAUGGGGCAGAUCGAAGACCGGUUUUCCACAACUCCACGUCCCAGGGUUCUUCAGGGACUCAGCCUUUUGGAAGACCCGUUCCAGAUGAUCCGUGAUAUUAAGGACUGCUACCCCGCUAGUUCGGAUACCGCUCUAGUAUAUGAGGACGUCGAGUUCUUUGUUUGGUUAUGCAAACAGCCUGGAGCUUUGCCAGUGCCAGUUUGUUCCAGUGCUUGGGGUACAAGCCUUGGCCAUGGCAUCCGCGACUCUGCCAUGUACCUGCCCGAGAAUCCGGUGCCCAUUGAGCACUCCUUCCAUGUCGUCAACAAAACGAUUAUUGACUGCAUCUAUUCCAGGUACUAUGGCUCUGAUGCUUCUGCUGUUCCAGAUACCGAGUACUUGGGACCUGAUGUCGAACCUACGCCAUUGCUUCCAUCGACGAUAGGACGCGAAUACACACUCCCUCUGGAUGCGGACCAGAUACCAGAGCAUAUGGUGUGGUUAGAAGCUUUGGCUGGCCCAUCUAAAAGCUGGCUACGAGCGCUACUGACCUCACCUGCCAUACUAAAAGGAACAAGCUGCAAGAGCAAUACUGUCAUGCAAGCUCUUAAGCCAACGCCCGGACAGACAGUUCGAGUUGAACACAUCAAUGGCCACCCUACGAGUCUGGAGAUAUUUAAUCAGGCGGGCAAUCUGGACCUCCAUGUCACUAUUGACAGGGGCAGUGUUAUUACGCUGACAAUCUGCCAUCGUAUUGGCAACCAGCAGCACUGCAUUCCUCUUUUAUAUCGUUACUUGCGGUCAUCAUCCACCACUCAUAUUGCUGAGGUACUGGAAGGACGCGACGAGCUUCACAGGAAUCUGCAAAUAGCGGCACUUGGUGGCGAGCAGCAAAGUACUGUUCUUGGUGUGUUUGAUCCCUAUGACUCCCCUUACACCCAUUGCAUGCAAGCCCUUUGUUGUUACGGAGGCACAUGUUCAGUCAUUUUGUGA